AUGUUGCUAUAUGUAAUACGUGGUGCUAGGAGUUUCUAUGAUCUUAAGACAACCAAUGGCACUCGCUAUGAUAUAUACAAAGCUGCAUGCAUGGCAUUGGGAUUACUUGAAGAUGAUAACGAAUGGAAUCAUGCAUUGAUGGAAGCAUCUAUUUGGGCAACAGGCCAGCAAAUGCAUGAUAUUUUUGCAUCCAUAUUAUUAUUCAAUGAGGUUGCAAACGCUCAUGAUUUAUGGCGAAAGCAUUGGACCCACUUAUCGCAAUACAAGGCACGUCAAGAAUCUGGCAACAUGAAUUUUAGGUUUGUUCAUGGAAGCCGUGUAACAGGAAAAACAUUCCUCUGGAGGACACUAACUUCAAAGUUAAGAUCCACUGGCAAGAUUGUACUUGUAAUAGUUCAUCAACAUGCAUUUGAGGCCUUCGAUCGUACAGUGAAAGAUUUGAUGAAAAGCUCUACUUUAGAUGCAAGUAACAAGCCAUUUGAUGGUAAAACAGUUGUUCUAGGUGGCGAUUUUCGGCAAAUUUUGCCAGUGAUUAUUCUUAAGGGAUCUCGUGAAGAUGUCAUUUCUGCAUCAUUGCAAAGAUCACAUUUAUGGUCCCAAUAUGUUGGAAAUGGAAAUAUAACUGGAGUUCAAAUUGAUGAGUUUGGAGAAGCAAACUGGGUGCCGUUCCCUCCUGAUCUCUUGGUGGCUGAUGAGGGUCGUGGUGUUCGGCCAUUAGUUGAAAGAAUAUUCCCAAACAUAGUUGAAAUGAUUGGGAAUCAGUCGUAUUUAUGUGAACGAGCAAUAUUGGCACCGACAAAUGAUGAAGUUGAUGAUAUAAAUGCACGCAUUAUUUCUCUUUUCCCUGGGGAUAUUCAAACGUACUUAAGUGCUGAUACUAAUAGCCAUUUAGGAGACAUGCCCCACAAUUACCAAAGCUUAUAUCCACCUUAG